CAGGUAUGCCGUCUUCAAAUUCCAAAGUGAUCGGCUGGCGGAUACCACUGUAUUGUACCACUGAUUUUCAGUUCAGUGUAUUGUACACAUCCGGCUUCUUUAUUGCCCUCAAUCCUCAUCGCCUCCAAUCAAAAGCGUCUCGUCUCCAUAACUGCGAUAUCGCUAGGAACGCUCAGGAUCUCCUGUGCGUGUCACCGGCAACGCAACCGGCCGGCCCGGUCGAUCGAGCUUUUACACUCGACUCGUGAGGAUUUGACUCGAGACCAGUGCGGUGACUUGGAAGCCAACUCUAUCGAAGGAAGGAAAUAUUUAUUUGCGUGAUGGUGUGUUCGUGAUGAUGAUCAUACAUGUAUUGGUAACAAACGUACCGAGUAUGACUUGAUAUCUUCAAAGUGCAUGUCAGGCUUCAAUAAGUGUUGAUUAAGAAAUCCAUCAGAUCCUCACCAUGUAUCAUCAUACUAGUCCCAGAGGUAAUGAAAACAUGAGCUUCAAGACUCCGAAGACAUUCCAUGCUGGUGUGAGGGUAACAUCCCCUACACCAUCAAGAGCAGAGUCUAUGAUGGAAGAACUGGGAUUUGAUGACAGUGACCUCCUUAGUGACGGAGACAGCAGCGAUGGAAGCUAUGACGAGGCAGACAGUGGUGUCGGCACAGGGAAAAAAGCGAUGGUGUCCGAUGUGGAUGUUCAGGCUCUACGAAAGGAAUUGAGACAAACUCAUCAGCAACGAGAAGAACUUCUACUCAAAGUCAAGAAUUUCCGGGAGAGUUCCCAACAAUUCCAGGCCAGCUAUGAGAAGGAGAAAACCAAUAAGUGGCAACAGAUUAAGAUUUUACGCAAGAGUCACGAAGCUCAUAUGCAAGAGAAACAUCAACUUAUAGACAGUCUUCAGGAUAUCAUUAGAGACCAGGAAAAUAGGAUUCUUGAAUUGGAAGGAGGUGAAACAGGAGGUACAUCAACCCACUCACAAAGCAUCUCAAGUCGAUUGGAAGACCUCAUUGAUGCCCUUGGGGAUCAGCAAAGUCAGGUGGCUGAAGCGAGAGAAAAACAAUUCACCGCCGAGGAGGCCUUGAGACUGAUGCAACAGAAUGGGCAUGGUGGGGGCGGGGACCCUCAUCACCCCAGCCCUCGGGAUGAUGAGGAUGAUGAUCAUAAAGCAGUGAGGGGUAAACAUAGCAACCAAGCAUUAGAGUCGGGCCUGAGACAGCAGCUGGAGGAGGCUAAUAACAUGAUCAAACAGAUGCAAGAAGAGCAGAAGCAACUCAGUGGGGUUACAGAUUAUGAGAAGGAGGUGGAGCAAUUGAAGGAGGAGAUGGGGAAACUAAAAGAUGAUUGCUCCAGGUAUAAGAAGGAGGCUCAACACCAGGAGCAAGUCAGGAGGAGGGAGUCCAAGUCACUCAAGCAAUCAGAGAUUGAGAAGCAGCAGCUUCAGAAACAGUUGACAAGGUUACAGGCAGAGAUGGCUGAUAAGAUGAAAGAAUUAGAUGCAUUAUCAGCUAAACAGUCGGAUGCUGUGAAUCAAUCAGCUGGUAUGGUUGAAGACAUGGAAAGGAUGAAGGAUGAGAUGAAGAAACAGAUACGAGACUUGGAGUCCCAGCUGAGAGAGAAAAAGAGUGAGCUAAGAGAGAAGGAGAACCAAAUUGCUGAAUUAGAGGCUUAUAAAGACAAAGCACAAAUACUGGAAGUAGAGGUCUCGAAGCUGAACAAUGAACUCUUUGAUAGCAAACAGUCAUCAGAUACAGCUCUCAUGGCAUCUAAAGAUGGACAUCUCAAAGAGAUUAAGAAAUUGCAAGCUGCCAAUAAGUCCAGCGCAAAGCGGAUCAAGGAGCUUGAAGAGAAACUUGCCAAGAAGUCGGAGAAUCUCCUGGACUCUGCUAAGAAGCAGCUCCAGGUUCAAGAAUCCCUGGAGAAGGAGUUGAAUGUGAAGAGUAGUGAGCUGGAGAGAGUCCAGGAGGAGUAUGAAGAAUUGAAAGCCAAUCCCAAGAUUGUUGAGGUUGAGAAACGAGUGGAGGUGGAAUCUGAGGACGCUAAACGAGCCUUGCUACAGUUCAAAUUGCAAAAUAAUAAACUUAAGAAAGAUUUAAGUUCUCUGAAAGAAACCCAUGCAGACACUGAAAAACAACUGGAAGACUCCAAGAAUGAGGUUGAUUCAAUCGUACAAAAGCUUGAAGAAAGAGAGCAAGAGAUGGCUGAAGUUCAGCAACAGAUGGAGGAGGAGAUGAAAUGUUUGGAAGAGGCCAAAGAUGAAGAGAUCCAACGCACAAAAGAAACGGCUGAAGAGGAGACCAGUUUUAUCUUUCAGAAAUACUCCUUGAUGAGGACCAGGUUCAAUCAACUUAGACCUGGACUACUGAUGAUAGCCCAGGAAUAUCAGCAGCUCAGGUCCAUGUGUAGCCAGUUCCCUCUCAUGCUUAGUAAGGCCAUCGAAGACACUAAGAAUGAGAUUGGUGCAAAACUCUCCAAGGUUGCCAAGCACAAUGAAGAACUCCACAAGAAAUACCAGAAGGAACUCCUGCUGCGUAAGAAGUAUCACAACGAACUCAUCGACCUGAAGGGAAAUAUUCGCGUCUUCGCUCGCGUUCGCCCUCUCAUCAAAGAAGACGGAGGAGGUGCGAAUGCCAAGUCUGUGGUUACGUUCGAUGAGGAUGAUGAUGGUCUUUUGAAUUUGGUCAACAAGGGGAGAUUUUCUACAUUUGAGGUGGAUAAAGUAUUUAACAUGGCAUCUACUCAGGAAGAGGUGUUUAAAGAGGUUCAGCCAUUGAUCAUCUCAAGCGUCGAUGGUUACAAUGUAUGCAUCUUUGCUUAUGGACAAACAGGGUCAGGGAAGACAUUCACAAUGCAGGGACCAUCAAAGAAUCCUGGAAUCAACCAGCGUGCCCUCAAGUUACUAUUUGAAGACACAGCAUCACGCUCGGAUUAUUCUUUCACCAUCACUGUGUCUGUCAUGGAGAUCUAUAAUGAAAUGCUCAGGGACCUGUUAAGUGAUGAUCCGUCCAACAAGUUGGAUGUGAAAAUGUCAACAGAGGGCGGGCUUUAUGUUCCUGGACUCAAAGAGGUUGAAGUCAGCUCUGUUGCUGAUAUCAAUAGGGUAUUUGCAACUGGUCACAAGAAUCGUGCCACAGCAAGCACAGACAUGAAUGAACACAGCUCAAGAUCACAUGCGUUACUGUGUGUUAAUAUCAUCGGAAAGAACAAAGUAUCCGGGAAGCGAACGAAAGGUAAACUCAACUUGGUAGAUUUGGCUGGUUCAGAACGAGUCAAUAAAUCAGGAUCUGGUACAGACACCCAACGAUUAAAGGAAGCUCAAAGCAUCAAUAAAUCCCUGUCUGCUCUGGGCGAUGUCAUCCAAGCCCUGAGAGCUAAACAGGGUCAUAUACCAUUCAGGAACUCUAAACUUACUUAUCUCCUACAGGAAUCUUUAGGUGGAGACAGUAAGACAUUGAUGGUAGUCCAGGUUUCUCCCGUCUCAAAGAACUCUGGAGAAUCUCACUGUAGUCUUAGCUUUGCUCAAAGGGUACGGAGUGUGGAGCUGGGAGCAGCAAGUAAGAGAACAGACACAGCUGAAGUAGCUGCGCUCAAGGAUAGGCUUUCGCAAUAUGAGGAUGUUCCGACAUCAGCAUCGUAUUCCACCCCUGCCAGGUCAAAGACUCCUACAUCAAAAACACCAAGGGCGACACCAAGACGGUGAUCAAUGAAUUCCAUACACCUCAUCAUUAACAUCAGCAUCAUAUUCCACCCCUGCCAGAAUAAAGACUACUACAUCGAAAACGCCAAGGGCGACACUAAGACAGUAGUCGAUGAAUUCCAUUCACCUCAGCAUCAGGAUUAACUUCAAUUGGUGAUAAAUGGCUGUGUCGAGAAACUCAUGUGCUGUGUAUAGUUUGUCUUGUUUCUAUUCAUCUGAAAUAAAUUAAGCAUAAAAAGAAUUAAUGCAACUCUACAAUGAUGAUGAAUGUGCUCCAAAUUGAUUCAUUCAUCACCAGAGACUUCUCCAUGGUAACCAAACAAUGAUUCUUGCAACAAUAUCAUCAGCAACUCUUCUGAUUUAUCAAGCAAAUUUAACAAAUACAUCAUUCUUAGAGGAAAACACAAAUUUCAUUAUGUUCUUCAAUAUACACAUCUCCAUGGUAUCCUACCAAUAACUCUUGCAACAAUAUCAUCAGCAUCUCUUCUUAAUUUUCUCAAUCAAUUUGCAUAAAUACAUACCGUAUUAUGAUGAAAACGUAACAAAUUGUUUUUCUGAUAUGUUUCAUGUAUUUAAGAGUCUUUGUUUCAAAUAGUUUUUGUUUACUUUUAUGAUCUGUUCCUCCUAUUUAUUUCAUGUUUACACUCCAAUGUGAUUAUUUCCAUGAUGAAAAAGAAUUAAAAAGCAACAUAUACUUUAGAAUUAUGUCUUGGUGUUCAUCAAUUUACACAUCUUCAUGGUAACCAAUCAUUGAUUCUUGCAACAACUCUUGUCCAUAUAGUAAUUAAUUUGAAUAAAUGAUAGCCAUCUUAAGAGCAAAACAUAUUGAAAAUUUUCAUAUAGAAACUCCGUGCUUGAGAGAAUCUGAAGGAGUGAACUGAAGUGCUUCAUUUCAGAGUUCAUAAAAAUAUGUAUAUUACAUAUUUCAUGAUCACUUUGACCUAUGGAAGAACAGAAGUGGUCACACUAAAAGUUUAUCAAUUUUGACAAGAGAUUGAUCUUUAAAUCAAUUUAUCCCAUUUGUUCAUAUACAAUGUAUUAUCAUUUCCACUUGUGGGUACAAACAUCUCGUGUAUGUUUUUUUUUUUCUCUCUCUCUCUCUCUUCCAAAUGGUAGAUGUUCAAAUCAUUUUGUGUAUGAAAUAUACUUGUAAAACAUCUCACAUGAACUUGUCACGCUAAGGUUAGCUAUUGAUUGCAAGUAUGAAAUAACAAUUCCGAUCCGUCACUCAUCUCAUGUGCAUGCAACCAUGAUCUUGAUUGGUCAUUGACAUUUUGUGAUUGAUUGCGAAGCUUUGUUUCACAAGGACCAGAUUGAUCAUAUCUGGGCCAUAUAAUAUGGACAAUUACAAGUGACAUUUGCAAUCGAUUGUAACUUUUUUUUACAUGGUUUACUAUAGACAUAUGGUCACACUUUAAUGUGCAAUUGAAUGCAGUUUUAUGUACUAGGGCCCUGAUAUCAUUAGAAUGAACAGGAUAAUUUUGUGAUUCUUAAAAUGAUGUUGAUAAUUAGUGGUAAGUCUGAUUUCUAUGUAUUGAAAAGUAUUUAUGGUUAUGAAAAUCAUGCUCUGCACUGUCUACUGUCUUAGGUCACAAUUUGUAAUGAAUGGUUAACAUAUGGUUCUUCAAUAUCUUGAGCCACUUUUAUCUAUAUGUAACAAUCAACUGGCUGGCAUUAUGUUAAUAAUAGUGUUUUAUAUGUAAAUUGUAGAUCUUAUAUUUUUAAUGUUUUUAUCGAUAUCAUGAAUGUAAAGGAAGUUAGCAAUUUUCUAUUUAUGUGAAUAAGUGUGUGCUGUAACAUUUACUAUAGAAAAUAAUAUAUGCUUCAAAAUAUGAUUGAUUUGUUACUGGGCGUAUGUAACCUCGUAUGCUUCAGGAAUUAAUAAUUUAUGCCUUUCAAAUUAUUGGGAAUAUUUUCCUUUGUAAAUCAUUCAAGUUUGCUGAAUCAAGAAAUACUUCAAAGACAUAUUGACCAGUAAAGACAUGGAAUGUUCACUGUAAUUCACCAUUGUGUGAUUCAGAAUUAAGGUUUAAGAACUUGCUUAAGGUCUAACGUAACUGGCUCUCUUCAAAUGGGCAACAACUAUAAAUUCACCAAUACAAAGUUUAAACAAAUGAAUAUAUGUGUCAUGAGUGACACUUAAUGAUAAUAAUGAUAUUUUAUUUUAUUUUGAGUAUACAAAUGUAAAACUUAUUGAAGUAUAGUGCAAAUAUUCAAUGAAAAUAUGAAAUAUGCCCAUUACAUUUUAAGUGUAAUAUCAUGCCUUUCAUAUCGUAUUCAUUGCGUUGCAAAUCAAAAGGUAGUAAGGAUCGUUGUAAUAUACAUGCACACUGCCUUUAUUCACGAAAUUACACAAUAUACUGCAUAGGAAAUAGAUACUAGUACAUUACCUUUAGUAUUCAUUUUUAACCUCAUAGAUUUAGCAAUCAGUACUUAACACUUUGUGCUAUGCCAGUACUUAUGUAUAUUCUGUUGUGCAGUCAUUGCAGUGUUGAUAUAAUAUGUAGCUAUCAGUACUUACUAAUUUGCACUGUGCUAGCUUCCAGAUCAAAUGAAAUAGUUGUGUAGCAAAUGUUGUGCCAAUUGAUGUGUAUGUAAAAUACCAAAGAAAUGAGCUGAAAACAUCAGUUGACUUUGAUGGAGAAAAUUAUAUAACGACGUAUGGAAAUUUUGAGCUGAUUUGUCUAUUUCACUUUUUUUAAACAGCCAUGCAUCAAGAAUGAUGACUAAAAUUCAUCCUUAUUUGGAGUGGUUGACUUAUUAUUAGUUAUUGCUCUAAGCAGAUCAAGGUAUUACGGAGGGAUUCUGUGAUUAUUCAGUUUCAAUUUUAAUUUAUUACAGAUUGUACCUCGGUAAGCCAAAGCAAUUGUACCAAUUGGGAUUAUAUUAUUCAAAUUGAUCAAUUCUGAUGCUGUUCUAUCAAUAUAUUAUCAAAACAUUUUGAUGCAUUUGGGCGAUAAUACAUGAAUUCUAUUUACAUUAUAUAUACCGGUAGUUGAAAUAUGUCAUCAGGUAAGAGGGUAUGGUUCGAACGAAUAUCUAUCAUUAUAUUAAUGUGUGCUACAAUGUAAAAUGUAAAAGCAUUAUAAGCUGCCAUGUUUCCCGGAUGUCAAAUUUACAGAAGCUAAGUACCAUUCUACUGGACGAGAUGGCGAUAUACUUAAUCUUGUCUUAAACUUGCUAAUCAUGUUGGCAUAAUUUACAUUGCAAGUUGACAUUGAGACAUCGAGUAUUUUCCCAACUUGUCUUCUGAAAUGUUACAGAUCAUCAUGGCAGCAUUAGUUAUGUAACUCAUUAAAAGUUGACGAGGUAUGAUAAAUUAUGUUGCCAUGACGAUGUGUAGCUUUCAGAAGUCCACUCGGGAAGAUAUCAUUUGUCUCUAUGUCUACCUACAAGGUUAAUAAGUCAACAUAAUAUGGCUAUUGUAAGUCAACUCGACAAGAUAAAAUAUCUGACUAUCUUGAUAAGUACAUGCAGAAGAGCACUGAAAUUUAAAUAAUUUUGAUCAUUGUUGUGCUGCUUGCUUUUGGGACAGCCUAGUUAACUACAGUGCGUAUCAAAAAAACGGGACAGUUUUGAAAAGUCUAUACAAAAUUUGUUUCAAAUUAUAAUAUCUAUAUUUUGAUGUUAAUAGAUGCUCUUAAAUCUUAUCUUUGAAAUGCAAUUUAAAAAAAUAAAUUUUGUUCAUGCUUGAGCGAACACGGGACGUUUUUGUCGGGGAUUCAAAAAGAGGCUUGCGCCAGAAUGGCAGAAUAUGAGUAAUAGAUGAUCAGACUUCUUGCUUAUCAGCAGACUUCCUCUUAACCUUUUCAUUAUCUGUGCCAUAAUUUUCAAAUUGUGCUGUCAAAUUUUAUUUACAAAUUUAUUUAUUUAUUUACUUGAAUAAUUUUGUUCUUUUUUUCAAUUAAAUCUCUUUUACCUUUGAUUUUUCCCCUCAUAAGGAAGAAAAGAAGACUUUUUGUCAACCCAAGCAAGAAGAUUUACAUUAUUAAUUGGGAAAACUUUUAAUUAUUAAAAUCCUUUUAUUAUGUGAAACAAAUUAUGUUAUGGUACCUUUAAAAGACAUGAAUCUUUUACUAUACAACUUAUGUGGAUUGAAUUGAUGUUUCCUCUAUUUUUGAACCCAUCUUGGGAGUGUUUCAUCAACAUUUUUAUCCGACAACUUGUCAGAUCUGACAGCUUUCCCUGAUUCUGAUUGGCUGAGAUGUACUGUUUCUAUGGUAAUUGUCAGAUAAAAUCCUUUAAUGAAACGCUCCCCAGGUCUACUAUCAAUUUGGUCUAAUUAAUCUUGGUGUCAGAGAAGAGAUUCUAUCAUCUAUACUUAACUAUAGGCUGGAGCUGUUUGCAUUUCUAUGUCUUGCAAUUUGAAUAUGUAGCUGUAGUGCCUUGUACAUGGUGUUUGACUGCAACACAAUUAUAUGAUUAAAUGCUUGUGUGACAUAAGUAUUUUCGAAAAGAUACUCUUAGUUCACAUUUUUUAUCCUUGGUUUAUAUCUUUAAAAAAAACAAGUAAUAGUGGUCACUCGUUCAAUAUAUGUUUUUCAAUUCACUUAUUUUCAUAAUUAAAUGAAUUUAGUAAUGUAAUAUAUUACAAGUUCAGUAUAAACACAUGCGGUAAAGCCUUUAUGGGUGAUAUUUAGUAUUCAAUGUGUUUUUUCCUGAGUGAUAAAAAAUAAUGCAGAGAGUUCAGGUUGCCAUUUUUUUUCUCGAUUAAUUUAUUGUUGUCAAAUUGCUUCAAAGAAUACUUCUACAUACUAAUUCCCAGGAAUACUGUAAUGUGCUGGGAGAAGUCAAGCUGUUUUAUUUUCGGUAUGCUUUGAUGUAACUAGUCAGUUGGUAGUUGUGUGGCUUUGCUCUUUUAUGUUUUUCAACAUUUCAGUAAAUUUAAUGUAUUUUCAAUGCAAGCACAAAGGUAGUAUGUUUAUUUCGGGACAUGUAUAUGCUCUUAUUUAUUGAGAUUAAUAGCUGUUUAAAGAAAUCUUAUCUUGUAAAUAGAAUUAAUAUAUUCAGAUUUCUUUGAAUGGAUUUAUAGAUAUACUUUCUGGGUAUCGUAUAUUUUUAGUCAUUUUAUAAGUAUUACCAAUAGACAUUCUUCCUUGUCUGUGAAAGAUAUGCAUAUUUCAUUCAUUGUGAAAACUCAAUUGCUGAUAUUUUCCUUAAGAUCAUUUAUUUCAAGUGUAGUAAUAAUAUUCCAGUCAAUUUACUUUUAGAAUGAACAUUAUUAUUGAAAGAUCAUUAUUGUGAUGUGAAUAUACAAUUCCCUUUUUUUCUUCUUGAAUAUAUGAUAUACACAAUGGGGUAAAAAUGGAAACUAAUUAGGCUCAUAUGUUUUUAUCAUGUUGAAUUCUCAGUUAGUUGCAUUCCUUUCUGACAAAUUGGAUCUUCAUAUUUUGGAAGAAGAUUUUUUUUUUGGUUAACUAUAUUUCUUUAUUGAUCAUUGUAAGAGAUGAGAAUUAAAAAUAAUCAAACUAGAACAUUAAAUACCAUGCCAGUUACUUUCAUUCUGGCAGUUAUAUUGCUCUCUUUCAUUUAAUAAAGAAAUUUUCUGAUGGGAAAUAGGCGGGCAGUAUUUAAUUUAUAAUCUACAUUGACAAUUAAAAUUUAAAAGUUAUGUUAUGUCAUAUUAUCUGAAGAGAAAUAAAUACAAAGAUGAAUGAAUUUGA